CAGUGAUAUCAACCGUUUCUUACCGUUUCCGCGACCGGCGUAGAUAAUAAUUUAUAUGAAUAUUAUUUAUUUGCGUGUGUUACGAUUUAACAAUUGUCGUUUAAAAUAAAGAAUUCAGAAUUGUAUUCGUGAUUCGUGGUGUGUUUACCGUCUAUUGGCGUUGCUGCUAAAGCCUCACUGGCAUUUUUUUGACAUUCCUAAACCAGUCUGCUGAGACCGUGUUCUAAAAGUGAUGUCUUCUUCUGACGGUUCUACACAUCUCUAGAUUUGUUUCUCAUGAUGGGUGUUUUCUCAAAUACAUUGAUCAACUGGAUAUGUGUAUCAUGCAUUAGUUCUUCAUUAACAUUAAUAUGGCUACAGUAUGGAAGGAAAAGAACUAAGAACUGUAUCAAAGUACUGUUCUAUGAACCUAUUGACAAAAGAUCUUGCAACUGUCUAUACUCAUUUGAUGUAGAAUGUUUAUCUCCGAAUUGUUCAAGCUCUAAAACUAGAGAAAUUAUUUUGUGUUUACAAAAAGCAAGAAAAUCAAUGGAUAUUUGUAUGUUUGCCAUAUCUAAUAAGCCCAUUGCAAAUGAGAUUAUUGCUGCCCACAAACGAGGAGUAUUGGUUAGGAUUGUAGUUUGUAAUUGUAUUUUAUUUGAAUCAAAAGAAAUUCAAAACCUUAAGAACUUUGGUAUUAAACUAAAAUACCAGAAAGACUUUAAAUCUAGUUAUAUGCAUCAUAAAUUUGCUAUUGUUGACUCUACAUGGUUAAUUCAAGGUUCCAUGAAUUGGACACAUCAAGCUACCUAUGGCAAUUGGGAGAGUUCUAUAAUAACAGAUUUACAAAGUUUAGUCAUUCCAUUUACCAAGGGUUUUGAAAAAACAUGGGAAAAAACUAUUUUAAUUUCAUAAAAUAUCUGUAUUUUAAAUAUUCAAUUUAAGUUUAUACAUUGAAAUAUAUUUUUUAUAUGUAAUGUGUUAAAGAAAAGUUAUUUGUAUUUUCUCAAACAUUAAAUUUUUGUACCUGUUCAUAUUUGAAAAAUUACAUACCAUACAUACCAUAAAAUUUAAACAAAGCCGUUUUGACUGGUUUACAUUUAAGUACUAAAUUCUGCAUUGUAGAAACUACAUAUGAAAUUACUAUCAAUAUAUUGUAAUUAAACAUAUUAUUAAAAAUAAUUAGGUAAUGUUGA